GAGACCAGACCACUUCAAAACCGUAACUACCUAGGAGAAACCGUUUCUUAUUGUAAUAAUGCAUGACCUUUUAAGUACCACCUAUAUGGUGAGAACUGUGAUACAAACAUAACAACUUUAUAAAAUGGAUUUUGUGGGGCUGGGGAUUUAGCUCAGUGUCAUAAGGGCCUGCCUUGCAAGCAGGCAGUCGUGAGUUCGAUCCCUGGUACCGAUAAAAACGAAAAAGACAAAAAAAAUGGAUUUUGUAACUCCGUUUUACAGAUGAAAAAGUGUCGAAUAGACCAGGAAUUCGAAGCUGCAACUUUCUGGAUGCAAACCUCAUUUGCAUCUGAACGCUGGGAAUUCGGCAGUGAAUACCUAUACAAAAAUGCUAGGAGACUAUGAAGGAAGGGACUGAAAAUGACUGAAAUACAACAAUCCAGAGGCCAAUAGAUAAUUUCCCCAAGGAGAAGAGGGGAGAGAAAAUCCACCAUCUGUCUAAUCUUCCUGAAGCAAACUGAUGUCCGAGUGAGGGUCAUCCUUAACCUUCGAAGGCUAAAUCUAAAUUGAGUCUAAAAUGUUCUUCAGGGAAGAGCAGCACUUGACCUUCAGUUUGGUGAUAAUAUGCUUCCUGACACUAAGUCCCUCCACCAGUCAGAACUGCCUCAAGGAGAGUCUAGAAGACGUGGUCAUUGACAUCCAGUCAUCUCUCUCUAGGGGAAUCAGAGGCAAUGAGCCCAUCCAUACAACAACUCAAGAAGACUGCAUUAAUUCUUGCUGUUCAACACAGAACAUAGCAGGGAAUAAAGCAUGUAACUUGAUGAUCUUUGACACUCGAAAAACAGCUGGACAACCCAACUGCUACCUGUUUUUCUGUCCCAGUGUGGAAGCCUGUCCGCUGAAACCAGCAAAGGGCCUUUGGAGUUACAGGAUAAUCCAAGAUGUUUUGUCUUUGACUGAUAUUCUACAUCAAGAGUUAACACAAGAAGGUUCUCUCUCUCAUGGUUGGUCUCCACAAGCCAUCACGUCCCCUCUCCCUCCUCUGAUGGAUUUUUCAAAGCCCACUGGUCUCUUGUGGAGAAAUAUAUCUUCUCAGAGGUCUGGAUCUUCGAGUCACCUACAGAAACUCUCCCAGAUCAGCCAAGCAAGUACCCAGUUCCCUUAUAAUAGAGACAAAGGCCACUCUCAGAGUUUACAGUCUUCUUCAGAGCCAGAAGUAGCUCCUUUGUUGCCUAAAAACUCAACCACCUCCCCUGCAGCAGCUGUUGGUUUUCAACAUAACAACUCUGUGACUCUGAAGCCUGUAUUUCUUGCACCCACCAGUACCUCAGAGAUACCUCUGGUGACUUUUCAACCACAGGUGGCUACCACAGUUCCACUCAUAACCACUGUCCCCACUCAGCCUCCUCCAGCCCCCAUUUCUACAGUUUAUACACGUGCUGUGGCUACCCCCCAAGCUGUGACUGCAGCAGGAGUUUUGACUACCAUCUUUCAGGCAUCUAGGGACUUGAAAGGCACCCCGGAAACGGUGCCCUUUAGAGAAAUCUCUAAACUCACUUCAAACAGAGGGCAUGUGCAUAACCCUACUACACUCCCUUUGUCCAAUGUGGAAUCUUCCACUACAAAUAAAACUAUUUCCUGGGAAAAUGAGAAGCCUGCUAUAGACAGCUCAUCACCAAAGAGUGUUCCAAAAAACCAGUAUGGCCUUCCAUUUGAAAAGUGGCUCCUCCUGGGGACCCUGCUCUUUGGUGUUCUGUUCCUGGUAAUAGGCCUGGUCCUUUUGGGUAGAAUAAUCUCAGAAUCCCUCCGCAGGAAACGGUAUUCACGACUUGAUUAUCUAAUCAAUGGGAUCUAUGUUGACAUCUAAGAACAAGGGCUGGGGAUUUAGCUCAGCAGCAUAAGCCCCUGCCUGGCAAGUGCAAGGUCAUGAGCUCAACCCCUGGUACCACCAAAAAAAAAAAAAAAAAAAAAAAUGGACAUCUAAGAACCAAGUUCAUUAUCUCUUAAUUCAUUGAGUAACUAGGAGCAACACACACUGAAUUGCUGCUGACUUGCUGAUCUUAGCAAGUUAGAUUUUGAAGACAGGAAUGUUCCCUAGCACUUUUUUUUUUAUUUUUUGAGGACAAGGGAGAAGCCUCAAAUUAGGUAAUUUGAGUGAUCUCUCUAAAAUAUUCACUGAAAAUAAGGCUCUACCUAAAGCAAGAAGGUGUAAUUGCAAUAUAAAUUGGAAAACUCAGCUGGCUUUAUGCAAGGAAGAAAAGGUUAGGAUAUCAAGGUUCCAAUUGAUUAAUAUUUCUGGUUCCAGAUAAAAUCAACUGUUUAUGAUGUUAGUUUUAAUGGAGUACUUUUUAUAUGAAUUCCAAUAAAACUUAUUCCAGAUGUAUUUCCUUCCAAUUAAAUAUUUGAAUAAAUCUUCUGUUACUCAGUAA